AUGCUGUGGAGGGAUUUGAGGGUAUGGCAGGUCUACGGUGCCAAUACCGAUGUCGGGAAAACGAUAGUGUCCACGAUCCUUUGCAGAGCCCUCCAACGUCGAGCUCCCAACAACGGAGUCUUGUACUUCAAGCCUGUUUCAACAGGACCUCAGGACGAAGCAGAUGACCGUCAUAUCUCGAAGUUCGCGCCCGGAGUACUGUCGAAAUGUUUGACGCAAUUCUCUGAACCUGUCAGCCCACAUCUGGCCGCUCAGCGAGACUCAGCGACUCCAGACUCUAUUCAAGACGGCAAAAUCAUCGCCAAAAUCAGACGCGAGCUGAGCAAGCAAGCAGGAGCAGGCACGCGCUAUGCUCUACUGGAAACAGCGGGCGGCGUUCUGUCACCCGGUCCUUCAGGGACAGUCCAAGCAGACCUGUAUCGGCCACUACGUCUUCCAACUUUGCUCGUUGGCGACAGCAAGCUUGGCGGAAUCGGUACGACCCUGUCGGCGUUUGAGUCUCUGCAUGUUAGAGGAUACGAUGUCGACUCUGUUGUCCUGCUUAACGAGCCCAAAUGGGGCAAUUUCGGAUACUUGCGAGAUCAUCUGGCAAAGCGUGACGUCCGAGUCAUAUCUCUGCCAACGCCGCCGCCACGAGUAGAUGAUCCAAGCGAAGACGAGGAAGCACUGAGACGGUUCUACGAUGAGUGUGCUGGGUCUGCUGAGGUUGACGCAUUCCUGGAGAGCCUCAACAAGAAGCACUUUCAAAGGAUUUCGGCUCUCACAUCUAUGCCUUCAGAAGCCGAAGAUAUUGUCUGGCACCCGUUCAGGCAGCACGGCAUCUCCCACAACAUCGUUGCUAUCGACUCAGCACACGGUGACAAUUUCGAGGCAUACAACCAAGCAGCCGAUCCUGUCGUUGCCAGUGCCGCUGAAGACAGUGGAGCAGGAAUCCAGCCUGCCGUCACGACGAAGUCGAGCACAUCCCUCAUAACUCCGCUGUUUGAUGCCUCUGCAUCCUGGUGGACGCAAGGCUUUGGCCACGGCAACCCGGAACUCGCACUUGCAGCAGCCCAUGCAGCUGGCCGCUACGGUCACGUCAUGUUCGCCCACUCCGUCCACGAGCCAGCGCUGAACCUCUGCUACAACAUCCUCAAGACCCUAGCAAAUCCUCGUCUAGCACGAGUCUUCUUCACCGACAACGGCAGCACCGCUAUGGAGGUCGCCAUCAAGAUGGCCCUGCGCGCCUCAUCAGUUCGCUACGGCUGGCACAAGGACGAUGACGGCCCGCCGGUGGAAGUUCUCGGUCUGAAAGGCUCCUAUCACGGCGACACAAUCGGUGCAAUGAACGCCUCUGAGCCCAGCGUGUUCAACAAGAAUGUCGACUGGUACAAACCGCAAGGUGUCUGGUUCGAUCCUCCACAGGUGCUCAUGCAUAAGGCAGAUGGCGGAUCUCGGUACCCGAAUCCUUCUUAG